CAAACACAAUUCAAGGACUGCGCUAUAUAAGGAUCUGAGAUCGAUCUGGUACUGUCAUCGUCUCGGCAUCAUCGUUGAAACCAAGAAAAGAAGAAGAGAUUAACUAAACCCUCCAAGCAAUGGGUCUGCAGGAGGAUUUCGAAGAGCACGCCGAGAAGGCGAAGACCUUGCCCGAGAGCACCACCAAUGAUGACAAGCUUAUCCUCUAUGGACUCUACAAGCAAGCCACCGUUGGGGAUGUGAACACCCCUAAACCUGGCGUAUUCAACAUGAGGGACAGAGCCAAAUGGUGCGCAUGGGAGGCUGUUAAAGGCAAAUCCAAGGAGGAAGCCAUGAGCGACUACAUCACCAAGGUGAAGCAGCUCCUGGAGGAGGCAGCUGCCGCAGGCACCUCUUAAAUUUGGCCCAACCAGCUAUUAUUGGCUGAAACCUGUAUGCUAUCUUAUUACGAGAACUAUAUUUGUUCUAUCCACUGGGGAUGUGAACCAUGUACCUUCUUGAUGUAUUAUUUCUCGCAAUCUACUAUCCGUUAAAAUUCUACUAAAUUAUUAUUUACCAAACA